ACUUAUUAUGAAUGCAGAAAAUUUAGGGAUGUAUGUUGUUGUUUUGUUAUUAAUAAAUGUUUGUCAGUAAACUAAUGUCUGUCAGUGACCUAACCCAUCUUCUUCUUCUUCCCCCUCCGGCGGCUCAACUAUCCUUUAAACAAAAACAACUUCAAAUUCGUUAAGAUGGGUCGGCGCUAACUCUUUCAGCUUCAAUUAUUCUUUCGUCUUCUGCCCUUUUUGUCGUCUGGGAAUGGAAGCCCAACAUUCUUCUUGGAUUUGCAGUGUCAUGAGGGGUUCUUUUUUCUAAGUGUUUUUUUGUAAUUCUUGAUUGGUUGUUUCAAUGUUUCACCUCUGAGAUUGGGAUCUUCUGUUUCCCCAAAGAGGAAAGUUGAGAUUGGCCUGCUCGCUAUCAUUGGGGGCUUUCAAGAAAGGAUUUUUUUUUUUUUUUUUUUUUUUAAAGGAGCUUGGUUAGAGGUUGGAGUGGGAAGCUAUGGUGAGGAAACAUGGAUGGCAGCUUCCGGCACACACCUUUCAGGUCGUUGCAAUAACCGUUUUCUGCUUAUUAGUGGUUGCGUUUUAUGCUUUCUUCUCUCCUUUCCUUGGAGGACACGUUUGGGAGUAUGUACUGGUUGGAGUCUAUUCACCAGUGGCACUCCUGGUUUUUAUUCUUUAUGUUCGGUGCACUGCAAUUAACCCUGCAGAUCCGGGUAUAAUGUCAAAGUUCGAUUCUGAGCUAUUAAGCAAUAUGAGCCCAAAGCAUGGACUUUCUGCAAAAAAUACAUCUGGGAAGUUUGAAGGACUUGGCGGAGAUGCAAAUUCUUCUCCUUCUUCAGUCUCGAGAAGUUCAUUUGGUGCAUCGCACUCUGUUAAGAGAAGUCAACCGGAAGCUGACAGAACAGAUGGUCGAGUAGUUUCUUCUAGAAGGAGGUCUUCUUGUUGUAAGAUUGGAGGAAUCUUCUGUGCCUUGUUCGUACACGAGGAUUGUCGCAAACAAGACGGUGGAGGUGAUCAGGAAGGUGCGAGCGAAGAUGCUUUGUUCUGCACACUGUGCAAUGCCGAGGUAUGCAAGUUUAGUAAACAUUGUAGAAGCUGUGACAAAUGUGUUGACGGAUUUGAUCACCAUUGUCGGUGGCUAAAUAACUGUGUCGGGCGAAAAAAUUAUGCUACCUUUAUAUCUCUUAUGGCCAUCAGUCUAGUAUGGCUUGCUAUUGAAGCCGGGACUGGAGUUGCUGUUUUGGUUCGGUGCUUUGUGAAUAAAAAGAACAUGGAGGCUGAAAUAGUCGACAGAUUAGGGAAUGGUUUCUCUCGGGCUCCAUUUGCAACCGUUGUGGCUGUUUGUACAGCGGUUUCUGUCCUGGCUUGUGUGCCCUUGGGUGAACUCUUCUUUUUCCACAUGAUACUGAUUAGAAAGGGCAUUACAACGUACGAAUAUGUUGUUGCAAUGAGGGCGGCCAUGAGCGAGGCCCCGGGGGGAGCAUCUAUAGAUGAGGAGCAGGGAAACAUUCUACUCUCUCCAACGGGUUCUGCAACGACUGGUUUCAGCGGUGGAAGCUCGUUAGGCCUGCAGUAUAAAGGAGCGUGGUGCACCCCUCCUCGUGUGUUUGUUGAUUAUAACGAAGAAGUUGCGCCUCAAUUGGAACCGGGAAUAGUCCCGUCAACGGUUGAUCCAGACGCAGCUGGCUUCGAGGACAAGGGAAACAAGGCAUCUAAGCGGCCCGUUAAGAUCAGUGCGUGGAGGCUCGCCAAGCUGGAUUCGAGCGAUGCUAUGAAAGCUGCAGCUAAAGCCCGAGCAUCGUCGUCGGUCCUACGCCCUAUUGACAACCGUCGUUUGGGUGAUUCUGAGCUAAGCUCGAGCGAGAAUAUGAGUGUGAGAAGCAGUAUGAGUGGUGACACGGGUGGAGGAAACAAAGACACGAGAAACGAACUGAGGAUUUCUCCGUUUAGGAACUCGUUUGCGCCUAGUCAAGGCAGCCGGGACGAGUACGAGACGGGCACCCAAAGCAUGAGUAGCUUCAGCAGCCCGAGCCAUGCUCACGAGGCGGUCACGCUAAGCCCCCUCCCACGGGCUGCUACUGCACUAAAUGGCAUUAUUAUCCCCGAGCAGGCUCGGGCGCCAUUGGCUAAUAACACCCGCCCGUUAUCUUUCACCUCUUCGGACUUCGAUGAAAAGAUCGUGCAGAGAAGUGGCGCUGCUGACCCGUUACUGCUCUCUGCAGUCGCUCCACCAACGUCUCUCCUCAGAGACGUUAAACGAACAUCUGUUGUCUGGGAUCAAGAAGCCGGGAGGUACGUAUCUGUCCCCGUCUCAGCUGCAGAAGCUCGUGGCAGACCGUCUUUACUAUCAAAUCCUAUCCCUCUCCCUCGAGAGCCUUCCCAUCCAGCACCAAAGCCUCCUCCGGUCCAGCAGUCCGAGAAGCUGAUGUACAGCGGGGAGUCUAUAUUCUUCGGUGGCCCUCUGUUUCGCGGGCCCAUCAAGGACAGUAUGAAGAACGAGAGAACCUCCGGAUCAGGAAAUGGACUUGAGAGGCUGCCACUGAACUUGCCUCGGGAAUCCAGGUUCAAGAGAGACGGCGCCUCCCACCAGCUUCCUGUGUUCGCCCCCGGGGAUUUGGUCAGGCCACAAUAAGUAGGCGAUUGUAAUGUGUUUUGUAUUUUAGAGCAUUUGGCAUUUGCAAUGGGGGGUUGGGGAAUUGAGUGUUUUGAGAAAACAGAAGAAAUCUCUGAAGGGAGGUAAGAUUUAGGCCUCCAGGAACCUGCAGCCUAGUGAUUUGAUUCAACUAGCAGGCAGAGGUUCCAGUGGUUUCUUCUUCAAUCAAUUUCCUAACUUUUACCACGAUGUAUUAUAGAGCAGAUGGACUCGUAGACCCACUUUACCCUUUCAAAAUUUGAUUUAUGAGAUCAAAAACUCUCUUCCU